UUAAUGUUUUUGCAGGAUGAAUUUAAAGAAGUUGACUAGUUAUCUCUAAAAUAUGGGACGAAGAUCUAUCUAGAGAUUCAGAGAAGCGUAUAGUAGUGAGUAGCUAGUGCAGAAGUGUAGUCCAUACCAUACACAGAGUACUGCUAAAUGUUGGAUCAAAAUUUUAAGAGACAUGUUAUGAAGAUUAGGAGCAGGAUGGUGGUAAUGACCAUGAAGAGUACCAGACGAGCUUCUACGACGAUGAUAUUGAGGAUGAUAGUAUGUGUUGCAUUCUUCAUGAUUCUACAUCAAAUCACUAGUCUAUUCCUAAUUCAUUUGAGAUCUUCCUCAUCUUCUCGCAUAAGCUCAACAAACAUUCCAGAAAAAUUGACUUCCCAGUUAAUUACAACAAACCAUUUGAAGGCCAUCCGAAAGCAAUCAUUCCAACAGCAAAACAGGCCUAGAUCAACCCAACCCCUCAUCAAUUGUGACAAAACUCACAAACUUCAUGAUAUUUGUGUCCUAAACAUGCCAACAACAUUAGACCCAAAUACGUACACAUUUUAUGUGUUUGACCCUUUUUCAAACCCCACAUUUAUCUCCAAACCCGAAGUCCAUAAAAUCAGACCAUACCCAAGGAAGUUGGACAGUACGGCAAUGUCGCAAGUAAAAGAACUCACUCUCAUCACCACCUCUUCCACUACAAAGAUUCACUGCCAGAUUCAACACCAAGCUCCAGCUCUCGUAUUCAGUGCAGAAGGGUAUACAGGAAAUCUCUCCCAUGAUUUCAAUGAUGGCAUCAUUCCUCUAUUUGUGACUAUCCGGUCACUUUUUCCUGACGGAGACUACCCCAUUCUCGUCGUCUCCACAUCAAAUGACUGGUGGUUCAAUAAGUAUGCUGAACUGCUCGAACGCUUCACUCUGUAUCCAAUUAUUUACCUGGAAAACAGCACGGAAACGCAUUGUUUUCCGUCCACAACUACUAUUGGCCUCAUAUCGCAUGGUUUCAUGACAAUAAAUUCUACAUUGUUACCCAGCUCCGACGGCAAUUUCCUCGGUUUUCGUUCUCUCUUGGGAGCUUCAUAUGAUGGUAUCACGGAGCAUAACUGGCCUAUCAGAAAACAUCGUAGGAAACGACCAAUUGUUGUGUUGGUGGGCAGGAUGGCCAGUGCUCAAGUAGGCCGAGUGAUCUUGAACCAAGCUGAUGUCGAGUUUUUAGCAAAAAGAGUAGGUUUUGAAGUUGCAGUAUUCGAGCCAAAUGCGUUCCAAUCAUUGAGUCAGGCAUAUGAGCUAAUAAAUAAAAGUCAUGCAAUGGUGGGUGUUCAUGGAGCUGCCUUAACUCAUUCUCUUUUUCUUAGACCUGGGUCAGUUUUUAUACAGGUAGUUCCACUUGGGGUAGAUUGGCUUGCAGAGACUUACUAUGGGAAUUCGGCAAAAGAAAUGCGUUUAGAGUAUAUGAAGUACAAGAUUGAAGCGAAGGAGAGUAGUUUAGCAGAGAAGUAUGGAAAGAAUCAUCUUGCUUUGAAAAAUCCUAUGGUGUUCAUGAAAAAUAAUUGGUCUAUACAGAGGGAUGUUUACUUGAGGGAGCAGAAUGUUAGAAUUGAUUUGGUCAGGUUUGGCAAGUAUUUGAAGAGUGCAUAUAAGAAAGCGAAACACUUCAUGGCUGAAAUGGGCUAGUCUUUGAUCUUUCACAUGGCGAAUGAAAUGGUUUUUGUUGCAGGAAAUAGGUCCAUAACAGUUUCAUUUUUGCUCCUUGGACAAAUUUUUGUCAAACUUGUUAAUAUACAUGGGG